CGUCUGCUUGUGACGUACCGGCGCGCCAUAUUUCCUCCCGGCGUCCGCUCCCAGUAGUGAGCACGUUGCUUAGGAAAGCACAAAAAUAUAACUGUGAAGUUGCUCUGAACAUUAAUCUAUAACACACAUCCCAGGACCACACGAAUUAAGUGGGGGAUCGUCGGUUGUCCGCCUCCAUUGCAGGAGGAGUUGUGAUCCAGGAUGUCGGAGAAAAAUACUAGAAUUGCCAUUGUCAACCAUGACAAGUGCAAGCCAAAGAAAUGCCGUCAGGAGUGCAAGAAGAGCUGUCCAGUGGUUCGCAUGGGUAAACUGUGCAUAGAGGUGACAAACCAAAGCAAGAUUGUCUGGAUCUCAGAAUCGCUUUGUAUUGGUUGCGGAAUAUGUAUCAAGAAAUGUCCAUUUGGCAGUCUGUCCAUUAUCAACUUGCCGAGCAACCUUGAGAAGGAAACCACUCACAGAUAUUGUGCCAACGCUUUCAAGUUGCAUCGAUUACCGAUUCCUCGACCCGGUGAGGUUCUGGGUCUGGUCGGCACCAAUGGAAUUGGGAAAUCCACAGCGUUGAAAAUUCUGGCUGGGAAACAGAAACCCAACCUGGGGAAGUUUGAUGAUCCCCCCGACUGGCAGGAGAUCCUCACAUAUUUCCGUGGUUCUGAGCUCCAAAACUACUUCACCAAGAUCCUGGAGGACGACCUCAAGGCUAUUGUCAAGCCGCAGUACGUCGACCAGAUCCCCAGGACCGUCCAGGGCAGCGUGGGAGAGAUCCUGAGCAGAAAAGAUGACUCCAAAACCGAGACCACAGUGUGUGCUCAGCUCGAUCUGACCCACCUCAGGGAGAGGAACGUGGAGGAUCUCUCUGGAGGGGAACUGCAGCGCUUCGCCAUCGCUGUGGUCUGCAUCCAGAGGGCCGACAUCUUCAUGUUUGACGAGCCCUCCAGCUACCUGGAUGUGAAGCAGCGCUUAAAAGCUGCCAUCACCAUCCGAUCCCUCAUCAGGCCGGACAGAUACAUCAUUGUGGUGGAGCAUGACCUGAGUGUGUUGGACUACCUGUCUGACUUCAUCUGCUGCCUGUAUGGGGUGCCCAGCGCGUACGGAGUGGUCACCAUGCCCUUCAGCGUCAGGGAAGGUAUCAACAUCUUCCUGGACGGUUACGUGCCCACGGAGAACCUGCGCUUCAGGGAGACCUCGCUGGUCUUCAAGGUGGCGGAGACGGCCAGUGAGGAGGAGGUGAAGAAGAUGUGCCGCUACCAGUACCCCAACAUGAAGAAGGCCCUGGGGGACUUCAGCCUGCGCAUUGUGGAGGGGGAGUUCACUGACUCCGAGAUCAUGGUCAUGCUGGGGGAGAACGGGACGGGUAAAACGACAUUCAUCAGAAUGCUUGCAGGGCGACUGAAGCCGGACGAAGGAGGUGAUGUGCCCGUCUUGAACGUCAGCUACAAACCACAGAAGAUCAGCCCCAAAUUUAAAGGGAGUGUGAGGGCUCUGCUUCACGACAAGAUCCGGGACGCCUACACACACCCUCAGUUCGUCACCGACGUGAUGAAGCCCUUGCAGAUGGACAGCAUCAUCGACCAGGCCGUCCAGAACCUCUCUGGAGGAGAGUUGCAGAGGGUCGCACUGGCCCUCUGUCUGGGGAAGCCCGCUGACGUUUACCUGAUCGACGAACCCUCUGCCUACCUGGACUCAGAACAGCGUCUCAUCGCUGCCAGGGUUAUUAAACGAUUCAUCCUCCAUGCUAAGAAGACGGCAUUCGUGGUGGAGCACGACUUCAUCAUGGCCACCUACCUGGCGGACCGCGUCAUCGUGUUCGAUGGUAUUCCCUCCAAGGACUGCGCCGCCAACACGCCACAGACCUUACUGGCAGGUAUGAACAAGUUCCUUUCGCAACUGGAAAUCACGUUCAGGAGAGACCCCAAUAACUUCCGACCCAGGAUCAACAAGAUGAAUUCCAUCAAGGAUGUGGAACAGAAGAAGAGUGGCAACUACUUCUUCUUGGAUGAUUAAUCACUCGCUCCCCCCAUUAGGGGGAUUGAGAGGGGUUGGAGCGAGAGAGAAAGCAUAUUCCUCCGCUGUCCCCCAGUCGCAUCAUCUUCAGUGGAGGGAAGACCCAGGAAUCAUGCUCCUCAGGGGCUCUCCUCUACAGGUACAUUGGGUCGCUGUCAUCGCUGGAGGAGUCGGUGGAUGUGGUUCUCCAGCAGAACAUGGUGGAGGUCGCUGAGGAACGGAAUGGGAGCCCUUGUUUUGAGAUGCCUCGCCAAUGCAGUGGUAUGGGAUGAGCAGCAUCCAUUUGCACACAUCCAAACAAGCUUUCAGGAAUCAUUCGAGUAUUUUUAUCGACAGAAAAAAAAAGCUAUUCCAUGUACUUUUAAAGACUAACUAUUAAAAACAUGUAUUUCCUGUCAA